AUGAUACCUGAGGAAGUAAAUAGGCCCAAUAUGGAGAUUGUGCCUUCUGUGGAUCUUACAAAAGCUUUCACCACUAGCCAAGCUUUUGAAUCCUCCAAAGAUCUUGUUAAUUGGGCCAAAGCUGUAGGUAAAGAGCAUGGCUAUGUUAUUAUUAUUCAGAAGUCGGACUAUGGAUCUGACAAAAGGAGGGCCGUGAUGACACUAGGAUGUGAGCGUGGCGGCAAAUAUAAACCAUCCACAUCGGUGUUAAAGCGAAAUCGGACUGGAACUAAGAAGUGUAAUUGUCCAUUCAGGCUAAGGGCAAGGCGUAGUAAUAAAGAUAAAAUGUGGACGGUGCUUGUGCAUAGUGGGAUCCAUAAUCAUGACACUGCUGAGGUUUUGCAGGGUCACUCAUAUGUUGGCCGUCUAAAUCCAGAGGAAAAGGCGAUGGUGGGAGAAAUGAUUGAAGAAAGGGUCAAGGCCAGUGAUAUUUUGAUUGCUAUAAGGAAACACAACCCAACCAACUUGACUAGAAUUAAACAGAUUUACAAUGAGAAGCAAGCAUACAACAGGUUGAAGAGGGGAUCGUUGACCGAGAUGCAACACUUGAUGAAGUUGUUGGAAGAACACAAAUACGCACAUUGGUCCAGGGUGCAGGAUGGUACUGAUGUGGUCAGAUCUUUGUUUUGGGCACACCCUGAUUCCAUUCACUUAUUCAAUGAGUUUCCUCAUGUUGUGAUUCUGGAUAGUACAUACAAGACCAAUAGGUACAGGAUCCCUUUACUUGAGAUGGUGGGGGUUACGUCGACAAAUUUGACAUACUCAAUUGCUUUUGCGUACAUGCAGAAUGAGCAAAAGGAUGAGGUUGUUUGGGCUGUGAAUAGAUUAAAAGACUUGAUCAUUAAUAAGGACAAUCUGCCGAAGGUCUUUGUUACAGACAAAGACCAAGUUUUGAUGGAAGCAUUGGAAACUGUUUUUCCCGCAGCUCGCUGUCUUCUAUGUCAGUUUCAUGUACUUAAGAGUGUAACUGGCGAGAUGAAGAAACUUGUGAAAGACAUUGAGACACGUGAAGACAUUACUGAUAGAUGGAAUCGAUUGAUGUAUGCUGCCAACGAGGUUGAGUAUGAUAAAGCUGCCAGAGUACAACGCAAGCUCCGCAAACUGGCUCUGAAAUGA